AGUGGGUAGCAACAGUUGCCCCGGUGAGGGAACACGGAGGGCGCCAUAGCCACCGUAGUCGUGGCGACCAGGAAGCCCGGCAACAACAACAACAACCGCCCACCCUUCCCUGCCUCUGCGCGAUUCCCGCCAAAACCGAGAAGAGAGCACGAUAGUCGCGACGACGUCCCCGCCCCCGCCCCCUCAGGGGACGAGGCCUCGCGGGGCCGGGACAGUCCAGGUAUGCUUAACAACUGCUUCAAAAACAUGUCGUAAAAUUGAGUCAGUCAUGUGAUGACCAGCUUAACAACCAGCAUGAUUUAUGACUAUAAUUUCAAGCUCAGUUACAGUUGUUUAAUUAUUGGCAGCUAGAACCACAUGCCAUAUAAAUAAUACAACAUUUUUACUGGAAUAUGCAGUUUGGCUACAUGUGAAAACCAUUCAAUUCAAGAAAAAGGAAGCAAAAAAAGCCUUAUUUAUUAUCAUUUUCCCCACUGUUGGCAUGGCAACACAGGCUUAUGUUACCGAAUUACAGGCAGCCCAGCAACAAUCACAACAACCGCAACAGUCUCAGCAACAGCCAGCAGCAACAGCAAACGCAACGACACCAGUGGUGGUGGCAGCAGCAACUCAACAGCAGUAUGUGGCAGAAUUGCAAAGCGCCCAGCAGCAGUCAACCCCAAAACAGUAUGUGGCAGAAAUCCCAACUUCUCAGACGCAGGCUCCACCCACUGGGCAACAGACACCAACGCCUGCGCCACAGCAGUACAUUGUAGUGACUGUUUCUGAAGGCUCCAUGAGGCCCAGCGACACAGUUUCAGAGUCCAGUCCAGGAUCCACAGCUACGCAGUCAGGAGUGCCGACUCAGGUCGUUCAGCAGGUCCAGGGCACUCAGCAGAGGUUGCUGGUUCAAGCCAGUGUACAAACAAAACCUGGAACAGUAUCUCCUCUGCAGCUUACAAGUGUGCAAGUUCCCCCACAACGGCUCGUGGUACAGAAUACACCACAAACUAGCAAAGGAGGGUCAAUAGCUUUGACUGUACAUGGUGUGCAACAAGUCCACUCUUCACCUGAGAGAUCGGUCGUGCAGACAACUCCCACAACUCCCAAAGCAGGUACAGUGCAACAACUGGCAGUGCAAGGGCUCCAGCAGGUUCAUGUUACCCAAGAGAAUGCAGACAGUGGUCCUUCUAAGAGCAGUCAGCAGCAGGAGCAGCCGCAGGAGCAACAAGGAGUACAGCAAAACCUCUCCCUAGAAUGCAGCAGCAGCAGCAACAGCAGCAGCAGCAGCAGCAAUGCACCCCAGCUGGCCAGCUGCUGUUUACCCGGCCCGGAGCACAGGCUCCACUACAUGCACUCCCUAGAUUCUGCCUCGGAGCAGUGGGUGGAGCUGGUCCGCAUGCUUCCUCAGCCACUCCUCCUGCCACAACAGAAGGUGGUGAUAGAGCAGCUACCAUUCCUCUCCUCUCAUCACUCCAGCCCCGACCAGAGAGUCAAGAUUCAGAGAGUCCCUCAGGUGCUAGUGUUCGGAACAGCAGCUACGGCGCUUAAAGUCCAGCAGCUUCAACAGGUUCCCGUGCAACAUGUCUAUCCUAACCAGGUUCAGUACGUGGAAGGAGGAGAUGCCAGCUACACAGCAAGUACCAUACGCUCCAACACUUACCCUUACACAGAAACCCCCCUCUAUACUCAGAACACUGGAGCAAAUUACUAUGAAUCCCAAAGCACCCCAACGCAGGUCUCCAGCCCAGCAUCCUCACAAACAGUGGCCAGCAGCGGCUCCGUACCUAUGUAUGUUUCUGGAGGACAAAUAAUAGCCAAUCCAAAUGGAAGCAGCACUACAGCAGCAGCAGCAGGAGGAGGAGGAGCAGGAGGAGGAGCACCAGCAGCGGCCGGAAAUGGUGCCGGUGGUGGCAGCACUACCGGAGGUGGUGGUGGUGGUGGUGGUGGUGGUGGUGGAGGAGGAGGAGGCGGAGGAACUGGUGGCAGCAGCAGCAGCAGCACAGGGACCUACGUGAUUCAAGGAGGUUACAUGCUGGGAAGUUCCAGCCAGUCCUAUUCACACACCACCCGGGCCUCGCCCGCAACGGUCCAGUGGCUCUUGGAUAACUAUGAGACUGCUGAGGGUGUGAGUCUUCCUCGCAGUACCUUAUACUGCCAUUACCUCCUGCAUUGUCAGGAGCAAAAACUGGAGCCAGUCAAUGCAGCAUCUUUUGGAAAGCUAAUCCGCUCAGUAUUUAUGGGACUCCGAACUCGCCGGCUCGGAACCAGAGGGAAUUCUAAAUACCACUAUUAUGGGUUGCGCAUCAAAGCCAAUUCCCCAUUGCUGCGGCUCAUGGAGGACCAGCAACACCUGGCCAUGCGGCAACAGCCUUUUUCUCAGAAGCAACGGCUCAAACCUGUUCAGAAAAUGGAGGGCAUGACCAACGGAGUAGCUGUGGGGCAGCAACAGGCCUCGGGGCUAUCUGAUAUCAGCGCCCAAGUGCAACAAUACCAGCAGUUCUUAGAUGCUUCUCGCAGCUUGCCUGACUUUACAGAGUUGGACUUACAAGGGAAGAAUCUCCCUGAGGGUGUCGGGGCGGAAGAUGUGAAGGCUUUCCAGCUGCUGUAUCGAGAACAUUGCGAGGCUAUUGUCGAUGUGAUGGUAAACCUGCAGUUCACACUGGUAGAGACACUCUGGAAGACCUUUUGGAGAUAUAAUUUGAACCAGCCCAGUGAAACCUCCCCUAUAGUUAUCCACGAUGAAGCAGAGAAGCGUCUCCCGAAGAACUGCUUGGUGAUCCUCUCUAAGUAUGAGCCUGUUCUCAAAUGGACUAAAGACUGUGACAACUUGCUAUACCAGGGGCUGGUAGAGGUUCUCAUCCCAGAAGUGCUCCGGCCCAUUCCGAGUGCCUUGACACAAGCAAUCCGAAACUUUGCAAAAAGUUUGGAGAGCUGGUUGACGAACGCGAUGAUGAAUAUUCCAGAAGAGAUGGUCCGAGUGAAGGUGGCUGCAGCAAGUGCCUUUGCCCAGACCCUGCGGCGGUACACUUCUCUGAACCAUCUUGCCCAGGCUGCCCGGGCUGUUUUGCAGAACACAGCUCAAAUUAAUCAGAUGCUGAGUGAUCUCAACCGGGUUGAUUUUGCAAAUGUCCAGGAGCAGGCCUCGUGGGUGUGCAGGUGUGAGGACCGUGUGGUACAGCGGCUCGAGCAAGACUUCAAAAUGACUCUGCAGCAGCAGAAUUCUCUGGAGCAGUGGGCAGUGUGGCUGGACGGGGUGGUCAGCCAAGUCCUAAAACCUUAUCAUGGCAGCCCCAGCUUUCCCAAAGCUGCCAAACAUUUUCUCCUCAAGUGGUCCUUCUAUAGCUCCAUGGUGAUUCGGGACUUGACCCUGCGAAGCGCAGCCAGCUUUGGCUCCUUUCAUCUCAUCCGCCUCCUCUAUGAUGAGUAUAUGUACUACCUGAUAGAACAUCGUGUAGCUCAGGCCAAGGGUGUGACUCCUAUAGCUGUUAUGGGAGAGUUUGCAAAUCUGGCAAGUUCCUUGAACCCUCUGGACCCUGAUAAAGAUGAAGAAGAGGAAGAGGAGGAGGAGAGCGAUGAAGAGAUGCCUCAAGAACUGUCUCUUAGCUCCAACGAAUCCAGCAGCCUCACAGCCGAGCCUAUGGAGCCACCCUCGAAACUGGCACGGACAGAUUCACGGGGCAUCUUCGUCCAAGCGCUGCCUUCCAGUUAAAGAGAGAUAAAGGAGGGACUGACUAUUAAAGUGGCCAGCAGGAAGUCAGGGUGCAUCUUGCACUGCGUUGUGCUGCCCUGCGAUAAAAGAUGUGCUGUUCCCUGUCUCCGAGUGGUAUGCAAUGCGCUUUCAUUUCACCCUCCCUGUCCCUGGCCUACCUGUACCCAAUACAAAGAUCCCAGUAACACUCCUCCUGAAAGCCUGCCUAAUUCCUGGUAGCAGGAGAGGGUACUUGAUUAGUGGGUCUGAUCACGGUUUCACUGAUCGGGUCAGUUUCUUUAGUCUGAAACUGGCUUAAGUCAAGGACCCCUUCGCCCUUGGCUGAUUUUUGAAGGGAAUUUAUGUGCUUGACCAAGCAUGGUCCCAGCUUAUGCUGCUGGGAAUGCAAAAAAAAAAAAAAAAAACCCAUGCUUCGAGAUUAUAAAAUUGGCCCAAGUUCUUAGCGAGGGCCUAGCCUUUUCUGCCUCUUAGCAGAAGUAUGAUAUGCAGAGCCUCUGGCCCACCUGAGUGAGUUGAGCCAUUGAAAUUGAUUCUCGGUGAGUCAUUCCGUCCACUAGGUUGGAUCAGGUUGAAUGUCGUUAUAAUUGUGGGGGACUCCUUGUGUCUGCCUGUUCCUUGAUGCUGAGCAUCUGUCUUAAUAUUACUCAAGGCUGCUGGGCACAAAAGAGUUUGGAAUUCCAGAAGCUCGGACAGUGACGGUCUAAUGCUUGGGUAUAGGGGCAGGAAUUUGCAAGAAUUAUUCCAGCUUGAGUGAAAAGUUUCUGUUGUAAUAAUCAGCAUUGAAUUCUUGAAGCUUUCUGUGGCAGUGGCUGAAUUUAUAAGUGGAUUUUCUCAGUGCAGUAUAUGCAACUGGGCUUUUUUCAGCUAUUCAAUGGUGCGGUGUUAUUUGGAAUAGGGCAGCAUACACCCUGUGCAGCUGUAAUUGUAUCCAAGUUUGGUUUGCCAUAGAUGUAUACAUAAUGAUCAUUACUAGGACAAGUGCCAUCUGCCGUACCCGUCUUUCUGACCCAGCAAAAUUCUGGCUACAGGUUCAUUUUCUUUUUAGAGGAAAAAAAAAGGAGAUUUCAGCAUCAUGGUUUCAGUUGAAACGUCUUGAGGUUGUGUCUGCCACUCUAGAUUUUCUAAUAGAGCUCAUAGCAAUUCUUCAGAUUGUCCAGUGCUAAUCUCUCUUGGGACAAUUCAUCCAAGCCCACUGUUAUGUUUAAAAAAAAAAAUCAGCCUCACAUUAAAUAUGUCUAAAUUUAUGGAUGUUUAAUGUACAUUUGAAGUUCUGCUGCAAGGUUUUUCUGUUUCUACUUUUCCCUACUUUUUGGGAGCAGGGUGGCAAGCAGGAGGAGCUGCGUGGUUAUCAUCCCUGAAUACAGUUUUUGGAUGCAGCUUUCAGAAGCACAUCUUGGUGCUUCUCCUGACGAUUGUGAUACAUUUGCAACUUCUAGCCCAAUUCCGGAAUUACCCGAGGCAUGUCAUGAAAUCCCACGCUAUUUGUGUGAAGCCAGCCUAAGUGAGCCAUUUUUGAACUCUGCUAGCACAUCAAACAUUAACUAUCUCAACCUGUUUUGCUAAUACCUUUUAUUUUUCAAGCCUUACUUUGUAAAGCUAGUGGUACUAAAAGUACAGUUAGCUUUGGCAGAUGCUGGGGGCUACCCUUUUAUUGACCAAGAAACAAUGUUUAGAAACAUUCGCCCCACUGUUGACUUCUUAAGGCCAUUGAAGUGCUGGUGAUUGGAGUGGGGUUAUAUAUAUUUUUUCAAGUGCUUGUAGUCCAAAGAUUGCCUGCUAUACAGGAAUAAGCUAGUAAGUGGGUAUAGGAAGUGCUACACCACUAUGGAACCAGGGUGCUUACUCAUCUCAGCAUAAACUUCUAUUAGCCCAGCUUUAUGUUACUACAGAAUAACUAGAACAGGGAAUGCAACAGAAACUCUAAUGGCCAAAAUGAUAGACAGACAUUUCAUUGCCAACUUGCUGAGAAAUAGGAAGCCAAAUGGACCAGAAAAUAACUGAAUGCAUACAAAACCGUAAGCAAGGAUCAGCAAUUCAGAUUCCCUUCCUGUUUGCGAAGCAAUAGCACAAAUGAUCAUUAUAAAACAACUGGAUUCAUGGUUCAUCAGCUGAAAUUGUUUAGACUUUACAGCUAAUUUAGAAUGGAGCAGGAAGACUUGGGUUCCAUUAGCAGCAAAAGGUAUUUGAUUUUGUAGCUGGGCAAAAUUACUCCAGUGCUAUUCUUCACCUUUUGACUAAAUCUUGAAAGAUUAUGCGAGGUAUAUGCAUCUCUGUGAAAAUAAUUUGGUGAUUGUGUUCUUUCUAAUGAACUUAUUUAAGCACUAAUAGCCAAUGAUUCUUGAAUCCAAAUUAAUGAUAUUACUGUAAUAUUCCCCUGCAGAAGUCUAUGACUGUUAAACAACUGUAGGCUUUUAAAUGAUACGGAUGGGCAGAAGCUGUCAAAACAGUAUCUUCUGUUUUAGCCCAACCUCUACAUGCUCCCCAUUUAGCCCAGCCUUCCAUGUAAAAGCACUCAGUCUGAUAAACCAGAAGUUAUAGUGGAAGCCUUAAUGAAAGAAACCCAUUUUUAAAGUGUCUUUAUUUCCAUCCUCAGCUAAAUAGGCAAGCAGAUUCCUUAGCUGCAGGUGACGUUAGAGCACCAGGAUCAGAUACUUUGGGAUUCUAGUCAUGAAAUCAUUUUCUGUCCAAUUUCUUUUGCUACAAGAAGUCAGAUGUGUUCCAGGCACUGAACAUAAACCUAUUACCUUGUAAUCCCUCUUAAAUAUGUAAGCCUAACAAAGCUAUUUCUACGUAAAGCUGUCUUUAACGUAGUAGCCCAAGUUGUGAAGUGGCACAAUCUUGAAAGGGAGUAAAUAAGUGGGAAAACACAAAGUUUGGACCGUUUUGCUUUGCUCCCAAGGCAAAAUGUUGCCUUCAAGGAAAAGUUUUGCACAUGAAGCACCUCUUAGUUUUGAAUUAAGCAUAAAUAGUAUUUGCAAGAUGCAAGUGAAAGAGAAAAAUUCUCCCCUGCCUUUACUAGAGGUGCCAGAGCCAAUACCCCCUGCAUUAAGAACCCAGUCUUUCAGAGAAGCACCUUAAUACCUCUAUCUGGCUCAACUAUCAUUUUCAUAAAACAAUUUGUAGCAAAGCAGCGUGUAGUAUCCAUGGUUUCUACAGUACGAUUCUCGUGGCAUACCUAAAAUUUCAACUCCAUUGUCCUAGACAUGUGCAUACCUUGGUUUGUUGGAUGUAUGAGUAUGUCCAUCAGUGAAUAGUAAGUUUCGUGCGCCAACAGGAUAACCAAUGAUAUCUACAAGGACAAGCACUAAUCAGGUUUUGAGAAAUCGAUUCCUCUGUUCCAGCAUUUCCCCCAAUCCUUGCUCUCCAAAAUGUAUGCAGAUUUACAUUUAGCUUUAUGACAGUCCCAAUUCUGGUAAAGAAAAUUGAUCUUUUUGCAAAAAACCUUGCUUCUGUGAGCUAAGCUAUUCCCUCUCUUUAUAAACUGCAUAAUGCUGGAUCCACCAAUCACACAAGACCAACAACAUGAAUAAGCUUACCUUUGUAUUCAGUUGCUGCCUUACACAACAAAAUCCUUUCCUUCUGAACCAGGACUCUCUCUAUUCACUAAACAAAUUGGCUGCAGAGCAGCUAGGAACAGUUGUGAGCAAACCCAGGUCAGUCUGGAUACUGCAGAAAUACUUGCCGAGUAUAUUUAGUAUCCCACACAGAACCAGUCCUGUUCCCUCUCUGUGCUAGUAACUAAGCAAAACAGAUCUGAUUACUUGCUACCCUAGUGGAAGUAAUCACUCUUCUGGUUUGUAACUGAAUAUUAGAUAUUCUAGUUUUAAACAAAAAAAUAUCUGUGCUUUUCUAUGUAAUAACUAAUUCUUGUUCUAUAAACCACCUAAAUAUUGUGAGAUUGGUGAAGAUAAAUUACUUGAUAUUUUUGGGUUUUUCAACCAUCAUGGCCUUAUUUGUUCAAUUUUUCCAGUGUUUUAAACUUGUGAUAUAGAUGUUUAUUGCAAAAUCUACAUAUUGUAUAAAAUAUAUAUUUUGUGUCAAUCUUUUGUGCGACGGCGGCAACAGCAGCAGCUUUAGCUGUUCUAUAAGACUUCACAAGUCGAGUCUGAAGAGCUUUGUAGGUGUCCUGGGCCCAUGAGAUGGGCAGUGUCUGUGGUCAGAUGAUGUAUGUGUGUGUAGUCUAGAGUGCAACAGCUGUUUUCUACCUUUUGUAGUUCUUUCUUAAGAAAUAAAUUCAGCCGUGUUCUUUGCCUAGGAUGCUGCUUGCUUACUCUUGCAAAAAUGAGUUCACGUUUCAGCCACCUGCAAAAUUAAAAAUCAAGGUAUUCUGCUUGGCAAUCCCACCACAGGUUCUAUGACUUGGAUGAAGGUUCCCAAACUUUCCUGUAGUAAGGUCCCUAACAGUUCCAUUUAUUAAAUAUCCUACGCUGCCCCUGCGAGUUUGCUGUGGUGCCUGCCAUGGCACAGGGUGUGGGAACUGCAGAUCUAAACAUAUAAAGAGAGUCAGAGCUAUAUUCCACUCUUCAUACAAUUGAGAGAGGCAACAAAUAGCAGGGAGGAAUAAAUCCGUUUCACAUCUGAAGUCAUGUUUAAAAAUUCAUCUGCUGGUGCCCCAUCCUGGCAGAACCAUUUAGAUAGGAUGAAUACAAUUGAUGUUUUAAAUGGAAUGAGAAUAGCCUUAUAGGAUUUUUUUCUGAGACAAUCAAAUGCCAUUUGGCUCCCUUUUGCUAUUUCACAGUUGUAUAUCUUCUGCGAUACAUUUUUUUUUAAAUCAAGGUUUUCAGGCAAAUUUGUUUCUAUUGGAGUUCUAUAAAAAGGCUGCUACUCAUAAUAACUGUAAAGUGGAACACAUUUACAUUAAACGUCUUAGGGCCUGAAAUUCCUAUAGUCGUAUUUUUGCUAAUAUAUGAAUUUUAUUCAUGAGGACUGUUACCUCUGAUUCAAAGUGAAGGUUGCCAAUGAAAGAGGAAAUGAUGCUUUCCUCUCAUACCUAUCCUGAAUUUUAAUUACUCUCCCAUCUUUUAAGACAACAUUCUCUUGAACAUUAUGAAAAAAAUAUUUAUAAUAGUUAUUUAUGCUAUCUGAAAUCACACAAUUCUGAAACACCUUGCUCAAACUGAGCAAAUCUAAGCAUGGACAGAUACACCUAGGGACCAUAGGUGCACCAUGAAAAAAAAGAAUGUAUUAUGACAGCCAGUGUGAAUUAUGGGAUGUUCUUGUAUAACAAAGCAGUAAGUAUCUUAAAUUUGCAUACUUUCCAGAUAGUAAACAUUCCCUAAUGUCAACCUGUGUGAAAAUUCUUUUGUGAUGCUGUAAUUCCGUAUUGAGUUCUUCAUCAGAGAGAAAAAGGAACAACAAGAGUCAGUCUCAGUUUAAAAUAUUUAUUGCAGGAGAAUAAGACCUGCUGGAGAGAAAACAGAGAAAAAACAUUUGUAAUCAGUCCACUAGGUAUGUGAGGUGGGGUGGCAUUUACAUUUAAGAAGGGAAAAAAAUG